AUGCAGCGACCACCAAGCUCGGGGAGCCAGGACCAGCACCUUCGCGCGCAGCUGGAGCUUCUGCAAAGCCACGACACCGACGCCUCGACAGCCUCCGAGUCGCGCGACUCGAGGGGCGCGCUUUCACACUCGCCGCCGCCGCCGCCGCCGCCGCCGCCGCCUCGAGCGGCGAAUGGAUACGAAGCGCUGGCUGCCGUCUCUCACGCAGCAGCUCGCGCUCUGGAAAAGUCAGCGGCAGAAGCGCACAUACACCCCGAUCUCCGCGCCACUCCCGGCCCCUCUGCGAACAUGAUGUCCAUCGGACCGGCCCCGGGUCAUAGCCCUGACACCAGCCCUGCUGCACCUGCACCGCCAAAUCCUUCCGUGGCUCCAGCACCCUCCUCUCCCGCUCUCGAACCCGGCUCUCUGGCCGAAGGCAGAAAAGCGAAGCGUGAGCUUUCGCAAUCCAAACGCGCGGCGCAAAACAGGGCUGCCCAGAGGGCCUUUCGCCAACGCAAGGAAGGCUACAUAAAGAAACUGGAGCAACAAGUCCGUGAAUUUGCCGACAUGGAUCAGACGUUCAAAUCACUGCAAUCCGAGAACUUUGCCCUUCGUGAAUACGUCAUCCACCUUCAAUCCAGGCUCUUGGAUGCCCAGGGCGAGUAUCCUCCGCCUCCACCCAACAUCAACCUGUCGCAGUCCACCUCGGCGCUGCCUCCCGCCGCCGCGCAGGAGCACGCGUCCAGCGUCGGGGCGGGCACGCCGCUUGAGGCCGUCGCUCAGGCCGUCGCCGGCCUCGCUGCUCAGGAGCAAUUGGCCCAAAGCCAACAGCAACAACGAUUCGUAUCCCCUUCCCCGUUCAAGCGCGAGACCGGGGAAGACGACGCCCGAUCGGCUGACGAGAUGGACCCGCAGUUCCAGGAGCAACAGGACCAAGUUCCCGCCAGCUGA